CAUAAAAUGAAAGUCUAUAUUGAAAGAACUUUACUCACCUUAGCGCUUCUUUUUGCGUACUCUGACGCUCUGUAUCUGGGAGAUUUUCUGAUUGAACUCGAACAAGGAAGAUUCACCUACGAAUGUUCGUUUGAUUUUGCAACGUUACAUUUUAAGCCUGAUACAUCGUAUGCAGUCGGAAUAAUUGUCGACAAAAACAAACCGGAGUGUAGAAAAUAUUUUAAAAAUAAUAGUUAUCAUCCACCUGCGUUUGAAGUCAACUUUUCUAAUUGUACCUCAGGUGUCAAGAUAUUUGAUGUCUUGUUAGUUGAGUUUGGAGUUUUUGAAAAGAUAAAUAUUUAUUAUCAAAAACAAGUUGAUUGUCAGCCUCCUAAGGAACAAUUUGAAAUGAUCAAUGAAGUUGACUUGAGUAAAGUGAAAAUUGAAUAA